AGUCAUGAAUAAAAUAAAAUGGUUUAUGGAUAAUAUUUCUACACUUUCUGGAUUUCUAAAGCAUUUCCACGCCAAUUCAAUCAAAGAAAAGUUUGAAUCGCUUAUCAGUGAGUUUGAAUCCGUUAUGAAUGAUUUACAUUUUACAACGUCUUUAUGUAAUGAUGAUCAAAGAAGAAUUGAUCAAGAAAGUCUUAUUUCGGAUCUUGAAGAAAUGACAAAGUUUUUGAGUACUAUCGGUGAGAAUGUUAUUGAUUCCUAUCAACAAGUUAAUACGGCUAUUACGGAAAUUAUUAUUCUCAAAAAUCAAUUGAAGGAUCCCAAACCUAAUGCACCAUUAAUGGAGAUAGCGAUAGAUCCAAAGGAAUUAAAAGAUCCCCAAGUUGGGAGACUCGACGAUCGACGUGGAACUAUUAUGGGAACAAUUAUUAUGAAAAAAAACAUUAAGUAA